CAUCAGCAUCACAGUCACCACAGCUGAGGGAAUUGUCCAAUAACAGCCUUCACACUCUCCACAGUUUCAGUGUAUCACCUCGUGUCGGGCCCGGGUACUUGACAGCCUGCGUAGAUUCCCUUAGGGUUCUCCAACAAAUCAUCUCUGUCACACAUUCAAAGGGAGGCCACUGUCAUCAAUAUAGACUCGUUUCCGAUUAAUGGAGAACUUUGAUUUCAGCUAAAUUAGCUUAGAAGUGUCGUCAUUGUUUCCCAGCCACGGGAAAGAAACGUUUUAAAGCCAUUUGAAGCAAUUGAGAUGUUAUCCCAACACAAUCAACGAGAUAACGUAUUGUACUGAUGUUAUUUAUCUACUGGUGUAUUCCAAUCUGGCAGGCUGUUUGUCAAUGGCUAAGUGGAAUUCUAGCAUCAGCUGACUGACAGACUGCUGGAAGCGGAUGUGCAUCGCCUGCACAUGUAUUCCUCCUGUAAUGGCUGCAAUUACGACAAGCCAUGUCGGAGGAUGCACAGCUCAACCAAUACUGAGUUGCAUCACUAGAUGGUUCAUUGAUUGGAAAAUGUCACCGUUGAAGGAGGAACGAGUUCUUGACUUGUGAGCCAGAGACCUUGCCAUCAGAAGAAAGGAUUAAGCCAUUAUCUUUCGUCUCGCCACUGUUAUGCCACGUCACAAUGUCGAUGUUAACACGCAAAGGGACUUUAGUCCGCCCGAAGAGAGGAACCAUAAAAAAGUCACAAGUCAGUCGGACCAGAUCCGGUGGAACUGGAAAGGAUGUGUCACGUGGUCUGGAGGAAGGGGACGAGUCCCCCGGGGUAUCCACGCCAGUACGGAGUCAGGACUUGGUGACACAAUCUCCAGGGAAGUCGACUGUUGUGUGUUUUGACGACAACAACCAACUGUAUCAGACUGGCGUGAGGUGGCCUGCACGGACACCCAGCACUGACCAGCCCAUCCAUGGGGAAGUCUUCCUCCAGAUCAGAGAGGCCAACAAAGAAGCAGACGACACUAGGGACUUUGUGUGUCGGGUCACCGACAUUUUCUGCAAUUCCCUAUUUUUUACCGUGCUCAUUGUGGUGCUGUUGAUCAUACCAACUGCUAUGGUAUCCGCUGGGGUCAAAUACCUCAGCGACUGUCCAGUACAACCGAAGAUUCCAGUGUAUCUCAUGGUGGGAGGAUGCUUUGGCAUCCUCAAGCUAGUUGGCAUGUGGUGGAGAAACGUUCAGAUACGACGCUACGAAAGCAUGGACGCAUUCUAUGACGCCCACGAUCAUGAUGCCGCUUUUGCGUCACACACUUUCAAACUGAUGGACGCCAUGCUGUCAGCAUUCCUGCUGGGAUGGCAAAUCACUGGAACGUACUGGGUGUUCACGAUCUAUGAACCCAAUUACAAGCCUCUUCUUCAUGAGCCGAGCAACUGGUGCGAGAAGACGGUGUUUAUGAUUGCGUUCAUUCAGAUUCUCGGAUGUUACGGUCUUUUGUGCCUUGGAAUUCUUGUGCUGCUUCUGGUAGCAGGGUGUUAUAAGUACACGGAUAUAUUUGAUAAGUGAGAUCUUCUAAUUUCUACUGUGCAUAGAAGGUAUACAUGAGAUUAUACCAUGUACUCAUGCUUGCCAAAACAGUAUAUUUAUCAAUGUGAUGUGUUACUUUUUGUACCAAUUGUUCAUGAUGUUAUAUUAAUAUUUUUAUAUGUAUUUGCAUAUGAAUGUGCAAAGUAUACCCGCUUAAAAUGAUGGUAAUUUUAUAAGGCAAAGGGGAUUGGGAGUUUCACAUAUAGAUAACAAAAACAACAGGUAUAUUGAUGAUAUAUUUCCUCAACGUCACAAUCACUAUCAUCAUAAUAAUAUUCAUUUGACUUCGUCUCAAGCGUUAUGUUAAUUAACAAGCGUUCCUAAUUAUGUUAAACACUAUCAGUAUUCAUUGUUUAAUCUACGCUGAAAAUAAUGUUAAUUUUAUAAGGUAAAGGGGGUUGGGUAUUUCACAUAUAGAAAACUUGUAUGUAACAAAAACAACAGUUUUAUUGAUGAUAGUUUUCUCAUCGUCACAACCACUAUCAUCAUAAUCAUAUUAAUUUGUCUUCUUUCAAGCGCUAUGUUAAUUAACAACCGUUCUUAUUCAUGUUGGACAGUAUCAGUAUUUAUUGUUUUCUCUAAUAUUCAUGCAGUUUCAGGUUUUUACGGGGCUAUUAUGUUUUUAUAAACAAGACAAAACCAAGAAGUACCUGAUACAUGGGACAUGUAUGGACGUUCGCUGAUAAGUGGCAUAUUAGUUUAAACGUUUGUUACUCACGAUCAGUUUCAUGGAUACGCUAGAUGAGUGACAUAUCAUAAAAAUGGUUAUGGACAAAUUGUUGACACCUAUCGCUUAUUUCCUUAAACUUGCAUGUUUUAGAUUUCUGACUCGAUCAGUCACAUAAGUCUGACUUGGAUACGUAAUAUUGGGCCAUUUCCGAAACACAAAUGAGCAAUUCCCGAUCCAAGAAUAUUUAUCAAAUCUUGGUCAUGUGUUUUGUACACACAGAUUUAUUUUGUAUAACAUUUAAUAUGAUUCUUUCAUAAAGCUGAAAUCUGCAAUAAAAUUAUCAAAAUCUU